AUGAACGGGUCUGGACCAGAUCCAUUGCGCUGUGCAAAUGCCUGUUCUUUCACACUGGAUCCAAACACCGCAUACACUCAAAUCAUUCUGUCUGAGAAUAACAGAAUAGUGGGAUGGGAGGAAGAGAUACAGCCGUAUCCUGAUCAUCCAGACAGAUUUGAUGCGUGUGAGCAGGUGUUGUGUAGAGAGAGUGUGUGUGGACGCUGUUACUGGGAGACUGAGUGGGGUGGAGGUAGAGAAUUGCAUAUAUCAGUGUCAUAUAAGAACAUCAGCAGGAAGGGAGAAGGUAAUGAGAGUGUGUUUGGAGCUAAUGAUCAGUCCUGGAGUUUGUGCUGCCUUCCGGCGUAUUAUUCAUUCAGACACAAUAACAUAGUGACUGAUUUCUUUGUAGAGCCCUACAUAUGCAGUGGUAGAACAGGAGUGUAUGUGGAUCACAGUGCAGGAACUCUGUCCUUCUACAGCAUCUCUGACACAAUGAGCCUCAUCCACACAGUCCAGACCACAUUCACUCAGCCGCUCUAUCCUGGGUUUAGAGUUGAAGGUGGAAUAAUUAAACUGUGUUGAUGAAUAAGAAGAGACUGACCAGAGAUUCUACCCAUAAUGCUUUGAGCUGCAUGAUAAAUCAGUGACAGUGAGAUGUUACAGUCUCUUCAUCACAUCAAUACUGCAGCUGAACCUCUGUCACUGAAAUAACAGUCAGAAUAAAUGUGUCAGAAAUCCUCAUAUACACAGUAAUAUCAGUGUGUGUGUGUGUGUGUGUGUGUGUGUGUGAGUCAUGCUCAGUGAUGUGUAUCUAUGAUUUUCUCAACCUACAUUUGUGUUUUUAUUAUAGUGUUACAUCAAUCAUUUGUAUUAUUAUCAAAAUUAGCUUUCAAUUGAAAUGUAUCUUUUAAAAACAUGUAAUUCUGUUGUUUUUGUUUACUUGUUUUAUUUACUCAAAUAUGUAAACAUGAACCUUCGCUGAAUUGCUUUGCUGAAACCUUUGCUAAAUUGAUGAUAAUG